AUGUUGGAGGCUAUCACCGAUAUGGUUGCUUUCUACGUUAUCGCCCCAGCCGCUGCCAUCAAAACACCUGCCGUUCAGAUUUCCUCGAGAGCCGCUGCUCGUCAACGCAAGCUCACCAAAAAGGAAGCUACUCCAGACGUUCCCAACGUGAUCCCAACUGAGAUUCCAUCUCUUCUGUCCCAAGCCAUCGACCAAGAUGUUCUCCUCGACGAACUCGUUCGCAACCGUCAUAAUCGUCUCAACACUGAGCUCUACGACACUACUCUUCAGGAGAAUGACGAGGAGGAUGGAGUUGUUUCCUACAAUCGCUAUAGAUUUGGGAGCUAUCGGUUGCUGACGAGCACUAAUAUAAAUUCUCGAGUGAUGCUUGUCAUUUUAACAAUUGAAACUGAACUCUAUAAUCCAUACUUGCAAAAUCAGGGCCCGGCCCGUGACUCCUCGGCCCGGUGGGCCCGGGUUCUCCAAAUUUGA